AUGGCUUCAUCCGAACAACAGGCCAAAGAGCUUGUAGCUCAGGCACAAAAAAAACUCACUUCAUGGUCUCUCUUUAAUCCUUCCAACAAACAUGAAGAUGCCGCAGAGAUUUACGAAAAAGCAGGCAACAUGUACAAGUUAGCUCAACAGUGGACACAGGCCGGAGACUGCUUUAUUGAAGCUGCCAAACUGUUUCAGCGUGGAGGAGGUGCUAAGUUUGAUAGUUCAAGAGCUUACGAAAACGCUUCAAAGUGUUAUAAACGCCAAGACCCAGCAGCUGCCGUUGGGGCUUUGAAAGAGGCUGUUAUAUUAGAUCAGGAAGGUGGAAACUUCAGAGCAGCUGCACGACACUAUCAAGAGAUGGCAGAAUUAUAUGAAGGAGAACUCGAUGAUAUUCAAAAUGCAUAUGAAUCCUACAUAAAGGCAUCCGAACUGUUUAGUGCUGACGACUCACCAGCACUUGCGAACAAGGCGCUUCUUAAAGUAGCACAAAUUGCUGCUGAUUUGGGCAUGUAUGAGGUUGCAAUCGAGAAAUUUGAAAAGGUCGCCGCAGAUUCAGUAGAUGAUGCACUUCUUAAAUGGUCUCUCAAGGAGUAUUUUUUGAAGGCUGGUUUGUGCCACUUAUGUACAGGUGAUACGGUGAGAACAAGACAGGCACUCAAUGGUUAUUGUGGUAUGGAUAUGUCAUUUGAGACAACGCGUGAAUACCAACUACUCAAGGGUGUAGCAGACAGUGUAGACAAUGGUGAUGUCGAACAAUUCACUCAAGUUGUAUAUGACUUUGAUAAGCUUACUAGGCUGGAUAGCUGGAAGACUGCAAUUCUUCUAAAGAUUAAGAAAUCUUUGGAGCAAGAUGACUUGCGUUAGAGUGACUGUAUACAUUCUCUUUAUUUUUAUUUUUAUGCCCCAAUCAUUUUUGUAUUCUUCUUUUUCAUAUAAGCAUUUGCCAUUGGGGGUGUAAGAUAAAGACGCGUCCGAAUGACUAUG